GAGCCCAGGAGGUCUGAGGAGGAGGAGGAGGAGGAGGAGGAGGAGGAGGAGAGGAGGAGGAGACCGCUGGAUGUGGAGCUCAGACCGCGCAGCACCGUGGGCUCUUUUUUACUAUUCUUUCCUACUCCGGGACGGCUUUGGACGUGUCCUCUCGCCUCGCUGUGGAACACAGGCAGACACUCCGGAGGGACCUCGGAGACGCACAUUUUCCACUAUGAACCGCGCCUUCAACAGGAAAAAAGAUAAAUCAUGGAUGCACACCCCGGAAGCCCUGGCCAAGCAUUACAUACCCUACAACGUCAAGUUCCUCGGAAACACAGAAGUUGAAACCCCAAAAGGCACAGAAGUUGUGAAGGAUGCAGUCAGAAAGCUGAAGUUUCAGAGACAUAUCAAGAAGUCAGAGGGACUGAAGACCCCUAAAGUGGAAUUGCAGAUCUCCAUUUAUGGCGUGAAGAUAUUGGAUCUCAAAACAAAAGAUGUGCAGCAUAACUGUCAGUUACAUCGGAUUUCCUUCUGUGCGGAUGACAAAACGGAUAAAAGGAUAUUUACCUUCAUCUGCAAAGACUCCGAGUCCAACAAACACCUGUGCUUUGUGUUUGACAGUGAAAAGUGUGCAGAAGAGAUAACUCUCACCAUCGGCCAGGCGUUUGACUUGGCCUACAAGAAGUUCCUGGAGUCUGGAGGCAAAGACGUGGAAACCAGGAAGCAGAUCGGAACCCUGCAGAAAAGGAUUCAAGAGCUGGAAACGGAGAACUCUGAGCUUAAGCAGCAGCUUCAAGACCUUGAAGAGCAGCUGAUGAUAUCUCAUGUGUCACCACCGCUGCACAUGACCGAGGCGAACGAGGCGUACAUGCUGCAGAGGCCCUCCUCUCUCUUCUGGUGCCACAGCAUCACGUCGCUCUCCUGCCUGGAGAUCUCCUCCCUCACGCUCACGCCCAUGAGCUCGCCGGAGUCCAACGGGCUACUAACUCCUCCGCCUGCCAAACCCGCCCUGCUUCCUCCUAAGCCUCCCGAGGGGUGCAGCAUCCCGCGGCCUCGCGCGGGGAGCAUCUCCAUAAAGCCGCAGUCUACAGACGUUUUCGACAUGGUUCCCUUCUCCCCUGUGACGGCGCUGGUUCCCACGAUGGCCAGUAACGGCUGCCCACCCCCACCACCGACCACUUUACCACCAGACAUGAGUAAAGACCUGUUUGGUGCCGAGCCGUUUGAUCCGUUCACCUGCGGCUCCGCUGACUUCCCUCCGGACAUUCAGUCCAAGCUGGACGAGAUGCAACGUCAGAGAUGGUUUGUACUCUUGGCUCUGCUUGGAUGUCCAUGUGGUUGUGUCUUUGUCUCGCAUGUCUGUGGAGGACGCUGAAUGCUCCCACUCUGAUGGUCUAAUCGAUCUCUUCCAUCGUCUCCACAAUGUUACUCUUUGUUCCAGUAGAGAUUUAGUGCACCGGCCUCAAGCCUCAUUGCCUUUAAUUAGUAGCUUUUUUUCACCAGCUCCGUAGCUCUUUAGUUAAUGAGCUGCUUGUGCCAGACUGAGACUUUCUAGUAAUAAGUAAAAAAAACAUGUUGAUUUUCAGCUAAUGAUCCCUUUAAACUAUGCUAUAGCUUUUGGAAUAGAUAUCCAAUUCUAUAAACUCUUGGUGCAAUAUUACAAUAAGUACAAGUAUGUUUUAAGUUGAAAAAAAUAGCUUUGAACUUUCUGAUGUUUAGUCCCACUGAUGCUUCUCUCAUUAGCUGCAUGCCUCAUUGUUCCUGCUGAGGUUAGGACCCUGUACACAUUGUACAUUUUGCAUGUCUGAACGCAUGAGGCGACACCAGUGUUUCAUUCCCUUUCACCCUCAGCGGUUUAGAGACAUCCCAUCGCCUGCAACGUGUACAUGAAUCCCACUUCCUGUCUAAAGGGCAACAUGUGACCCCACAGAGACCAGUGUCACUGGAUGUCACAGCUGUUCUCUGGCUUGUCUUCCAGGAGGGGUUCAAAAUGGGACUGACCUUAGAGGGCACCGUCUUCACUCUGGACCCGCUCGACAGUCGCUGCUGAUGCCAUGAAGAUGCUCUUUGUUGCGUACUUUUAACUCGUUUGUAUGAAGAAGUGCCAGAAUCCACUCCACUGUUGAGUCAAGAUGUCACGGUUUUCAUCUUGAGGUUUAUAUGCAUUUGCAUUUAGAUUGUUUUUAUUUAGAAUAUUUCAAGGUAGACUCGGACCCAUUACAGAAAAUAACUAUUUUUGUAAAAGAAAAGAAGAGAGAGGAUUUCUGACAGAUGUAAAUAGUUGAAUAUGUCCAAUGGUACACUCUGUGACAGACUUUUCUUAUGAAACGAUUUGUGUGAAUGCACUAUUUGAACUUGUAUCGUUAACACAUUCCUGUUUGUAUGAACACAAGCUGGCGGAGAAGAUUAAUGGCAUUUGUAUCAUUAGGUUUUCCCAUAACAACUCAUUAUUUUAAUUAACAUUACAUAGUUAAUCAUUCCAGUUUCUGCUUUAAGGCUUCCCCAUUAUUCCACCUUUUUUUGACAGUUAUUUUUAGUUUGUCCUGUAUUGAGUUGCCAUUUCAGUAUUUACUUUAUUUUUAAAUUGUAAUCAUUUUAGUCUCCUCUUUUCUUGCACCAGGAGUCACUUUUUUGGACAGCCUCUGUCUAUAUUCACAGUGCUUUUCCAUUUUUUUCUUCUUUUGGUUGCAUUGACUUUGCUGUUACAGAUAUUAAAGAAAAUCUUUAUGCGAA